AAUUAAUACGAUCAAAACAUUUUUAUUGAUAAUCUAAAUAAUGUAUAAGUAAUUUUUUUAAAUUAUUGUGUUCCUUAUCUUCUAAAUAUUGAUCUAUUUAUGGUUUGGUACAAUUUUGUUUCACUAAAAGGCGUAACUUAGAACUGAAACUAUAUUAUUUAUUAUUCGAAAAUUGAAAUGGAUUUUAAAAUAGAAAUGCUUUGAAAUGGAAUAUCUCGAAUUUAAAAUCGUUGUAAUUCCUCGUUACGAGAUAUCUACAGAAGAAGAAAAUGAAUACUACUUAACAAAGUUCAAGAAACACCUAUUAAAGUGCCAGUUAAAACAUGUCUCUCUGAAAGUAUUGAAAAUAGAAAGAGCUGACAAUGAAGAUUAUGUCGAAAUCGAAGAAUUAGUGCUUCAAGCCCGCGCUUCAAUAGAUAGAAACGGUCAAAAACACAGAUCCUAUUAUUAUAAUAAAUUUUGCAAAAAUUGGAAGCAGUUGUUUUUUCCAAAACCGACACCUUUGCUUCUGCUUCAUGCUAACAACAGUUUCAAAAACAAUUUUGAAACUUCUCACCUUUCAGUGUCCAUGGAGAACAUGGCAUUCGGUGUUCUGCCUUUCAAUGGUGAGUUUCACCAAUUUGCUAGCCUGAGGAAGUCUUACGUUGCUAACUUUCUGCACGAUGAACGCAAAGUCGUCCUAUUCUAUGGAGAAUAUCAAAUAACGUUCACCUAUGCCAAUAUUAGAAACAUAUUUUUCAAUAUUGAAACGAGUGAUGUUUUUUUCGAUUUGGGCAAUCCACCUCUUAUUUUUUUACUUGAGAAGAGAAAAACGAACCGCGGAAACGACAGCUUUGUCGAAUGCCUAACGCACAUCAUUAAAUGUUCGAGCGACAGUGACGAUAUUGAUUUCGACAUAAUUGGGAGGUCGAAUGUUCUUCGUUUGCGUUUCAGCCUAUCAAAAGAAAAAGAAGAGAUAGUAAGUAGGAUACAUUUUAGGUGCAGUGCGAAACCCAUAUAUUACGGUCACAUUAUUUCCAUUAAAAAGGAGAAGCCCCAAGAACUUCAUGUGGAAUGGAAUAAUUUUGGAUGUACUUAUUUGCUCACCGCCAUUUUCAGGCGGAAUUUUACAAUGGCUUCGCAGACCUCAGACGUGCGGAAGUCCCUCCAUCGUCUGUAUCGUAUCAGUUUGAAGAAUGGUAUAUACCUUGAACGAGCUCUCACACUUGCCUUAGCUGCUCUCGAUACUGGAAAAGUGGUUAAUUUCUGGUUAGCCAUCGAAAAAAUGUUCGCUUUCUAUCUGGACAACAAGAUUGAAAUCCAUUACAUCGUGCCAGAGAAAUGUCGACUGAUCAGGCGAAUCACCAUCACGCCGACUCGACACAUGUUAUGGCCACCUGAAAUAAUGAUGGGCAAUAGAAUAUUGAGGAAGUUCGACUCCGAAUAUUCUUUGCGAGUAUCAUUUCGUGAUGAUAAUCAUUCGAGAUUGAGUUUCCACGUGCCAUACGCCUUCGAGAGUGUGUUCGAUCAUGCUGUACGAUAUCCGAUGACGACAGGGAUUGAUAUUGGUUCGAGACAUUUCGAAUUCCUUGCGUGGUCCAAUUCUCAAAUACGCGAUCAUGGUGUCUGGAUGUACGCUGAAGACUCUGACGGGAACACGGCUAAUACCAUAAGAGAUUGGAUGGGCAAUUUUUCUCACAUUCGCACCGUGUCGAAGUACAUGGCAAGAAUCGGACAAUGCUUCUCUCAAACCGAAGACGCUGUUUCAGUUCCUUUCGAUUCGUUAUUCGUAAGAACAGAACCGGACAUAGAAGGCGGUUUUGAUCCAGAGAAUCGGAAAGCGUAUUGCUUCUCUGAUGGUAUAGGCAAGAUUUCCUCCGAAAUGACCUCCAAAGUGCAUGAAGGUCUUGGUCACGAUAAACACUGUAGUGCAUUUCAAAUCCGUUACGGGGGCUACAAAGGUAUGCUGGUGACAGAUCCAACACUGGAAGACACAGAUAUUGUUUUCAGAAAUAGUAUGAAGAAAUUUGAUUCACCUGACAGCAUCAAAUUGGAAAUCGCCCGAACAAGUGCACCCACUACUCUACAGUUGAAUAGACCCUUGAUUACUAUACUGAAUGAUUUGGGAGUGAGGCACAGAACAUUUUUGAAAUUGCAAGAGGAUAUGCUGCGCAACUUGACGGACAUGCUCAUCGAUGAGGAAAAGUCAUGGGAAUAUUUAACGAUGAAUACCUCUACUCACUUGUUCAAUUUUAAAACCAUCUCUGAAUCUGGAAUACAUCUGACAACGGAGCCCUUCUUCAGAUCUUUACUCUUGGCCCUUCAUCGUAAUCACGUUGAUAAAAUAAAAACCAAGGCUAAUCUCCAGAUCGAUUCAAACUUAGGAAGAAAUAUGCUGGGAGUAUUGGACGAAGUGGGCUUAUUAAAAGAGGGUCAAGUAUUUGUACAGUAUACGAAGGAUGUAACCCGUGGAGAAACAACAAAGGAUACUAUCAUAAAAACAGGCACUGUUGUAGUAACGAGAAGUCCAUGCCUUCUCCCAGGGGAUGUAAGAAAAUUAACAGCUGUAGAUAUAAAAGAAUUGCAUCAUAUCAUUGAUUGUAUAGUGUUUCCAAAAGUUGGAAAUAGACCUCACCCAAACGAAAUGUCCGGUGGUGAUUUAGAUGGAGAUGAAUAUUGUGUUUUUUGGGAUGAAGAUCUAAUAUUUCACCGUGACAAUUAUACCCCAGGCCAUUUUAGGAAUGCUUCCAGUGAAACAAACAACGCGAUAAUGGUUGAAGAUAUGAUAGAUUUUCUCGUGCAGUUCAUCAAGAAUGAUCAAGUAGGUAGCAUAGCUAGCGCUCAUCUUGCACAAGCUGAUCAGGAGAGCAUCUUCUCAGAAAAAUGCAUCACAAUCGCCAAGAAAUUCUCGUAUGCAGUGGAUUUCGCAAAGACUGGAGUGAGCACACACCUGCACGGCAAUGAGCGACCCACCAAAUUUCCAGAUUUUAUGGAGCGGCAUUUUCAAGAGAGUUACAAGUCUAAGAAGGCCUUGGGUAAAAUGUAUAGAGUCAUCAGGGACUAUGAAUCGGAAAAUGAGGAAGCCAGUUUAGCCUACUCAGACGUAAAGAUGGAUAAAGAUCUUGUUUAUCCUGGUUGGGAAAACUAUAAACAAGAUGCUAUCGAAUCCCGAAAAAAGUACUUCUCACUUCUUAAAGCAGUUCUAAGGAAUUAUGGCGUAGAGCACGAGGCGGAAGUAUUUUCUGGCGCUUUUACAAGAUUGCAUUGCCGUUUCCGUGACAGAAAGGAUAAAAGAGAUAUUGAAAAAAUAGUCAUACUUAGCAUCAAAAGUCUGGUAAAAAGUAUGAAAGACGAAUUUCUCGAAGAAUUCAAAUCGGGCGAAAUAUCAAUGCCAGACACGUCUAUGCUUCAAAAAGCUUCGGCAUGGUACGUCGUAACAUACGAUGAGAAAAACCCAAACCCCAGACUUCUAAGCUUUCCAUGGAUCGUGUCCGAGUAUUUAGCCGAGGUCAAGGUACUCAGAUGCCUGGAGAAACCAUCGCUUUUUUCACCCAUCAUUCUAAAAAUGGAACAACAGAUUCAUUCGCAAGGAUCAAGGUUCGAAACCCGAGAGGCUUUUCUUGAUGAACAGUUGGUAAAUUAUACAGUGUUUUGUGAUCUAGAUAAACUUAAAAAAGCUCUCGGUGUGUUGCUUGUCUGGGCCCAGGAUGAGCAUAUAGUUGCUCCGCCGGAUAGCAAAAACAUAGUUGGUCUGAUCAAUCGAAAUACAUUUAUCAAGCUAUUUCUAUACGUGGCAGAAAAAUCUUCUUAUGUCAGUCGAGAGAAUAAGCCUCAGAAUGUGAACUGUUCUUCAGCCUCUUUGUGUUUGGAAUUCUUGCGCUUCUGUCUGAAAUUGAGAUUUUACAACAAGCAGGAGAUAAUGGAUGUUAUUCCUUUUCCUGUGUACAGAUACACCAUUCUGUCCAAAAGAGCUGUUUUGGCUUUCCACAAGUUCGCAGUGCUCGGGGAAUUUCAAACUUUAUGCCGGGGGGACAUCCAGCGAUCGGCGGACUACAUGGAAAUGGAGCCAAUCUACAUUGAUAGCAAAUUGUUUCCUACCUUUCCAAUUGAUUAUAGAUUGAUUCAAAACGCUCAGAAUUACCUGAGGGAACACUCUGCCUGUGAUGAUGUGUGGUUGCGAAAAAUUAGGUUGACCAAAAAGAUUUUAGUGAGUGCCUUUGGAACCGAACGAUCUCUCAAGAAUCUGCGGUGCAUUUUGAGGAAAAAACCCGAAAAGUUGAGUCAUUUUUUGACAACUGGAAAAGGGCUCCAAGAUAUUGAAUAAAUGCAUCUGUUUUA